UGGAAUUGAAACCGUGCCAGUUAGCCAUUUGCUAGAAAGUUAGAAAAUGUUAUUUGGUUGCUGUUUUAAUAUAUACUGCUGGACAUGGCUGACCAAUCUGAAAAAUUGUCGAGUAAAAGUUGACGUUUCAACGCAAGAUGGAGUUUCGAAUUUCUCUAGCAGACGAUAACAUUAAACAAACACUUGUUGAGUCGUCAUAUCCGAAAGUUGAAAGAACUUGUCAAACAAAUUUUAAUAGAACGUUUCUCCUUUUUUUAUUGUCGACAUGCUGGGAACCAAAGCUGCUGCUACUUCAGCUGAUCGGCUGAAGGUUAUCCUCUCACACCUCCCCAAAAAACCAGGAAACAUCCCAUUCGACUUCUUGGGAAGUAAAAAGUCUUUUGAAAUAUCACCGGCCCCCAAAGGAUUAGAAAGUGCAAUCACACUUUUGUUCACAGAAGACUGCUUGGAGUUUCUGGUGAAACUAGUUGAAACCUUUGAUCAAAAGGCUGAUGAGGUGCUGCGUCAGCGCGUCUUGCGACGAUGCGCCGUGGAAAGCGGCAAACUGCCGGAAUUCGUUUCCAAAAGACCGAACAAAUCCAAGGGUUGGAAGAUAGAUUCCAUCCCACGCCGCUUGGUCAACAGAAAGUUAGACCUCGGUGACAUCAGUCCCUCCAGAACGGAUCUCCUCGUCAACGCCUUGAACGCAAAUGUUCAAGGCAUCCAGGUGGAUUUUGAUGAUGGCCAUUGCCCAUCAUGGCGAAAUCAGCUUCAAGGCCUUUACAACGUCUUCCUGGCUGUUAGAAAUCAACUGCCCGGAACACCAGCUCUGGACAAGGUACCUGUGAUGAUGCUGAGGCCUCGAGCUUGGAACAUGAUGGAGCACAACGUCAUGAUCAACGGUCGUGAAAUUCCCGGCCCUUUGCUGGACUUUGGAGUGCUCAUAUACCAUAACGGACGAAUAAUGGCCGAUCUGGAUUCCGGUCCCUUUUUCUACUUGUCCAAAGUCGAAAGUGCCAGCGAAGCCCGUCUAUGGGACCAGAUCUUCACGUGGGCGGAAAACCGAUUAGGACUGAAAUUUGGUACCAUCAAGAGUUGCGUCUUGAUAGAAAAUAUUUUAGCGACAUUCGAAAUGGAGUCUAUACUCUACGAAUUACGCCAUCAUUGCAUCGGAUUAAACUGCGGCAUUUGGGAUUAUUCAGCCUCCAUUAUUUCUUUGUUUGGUCGACGCCCCGAGUUUGUCAUAUCUGAUCGAGUCCGCUACGUCAACAUCGAUCAACUUUUUUUGAUUUCUUACAUCAAAUUAUUAAUCAAGGUGUGCCAUAAACGCGGGGCCUUGGCCACAGGUGGAAUGGCAGCUCUAGUUUUGGAUGGCGAUGAUUCCAACAAUCAAGAAAGUAUCAUCAGGCGUGUUUGUGAAAGUAAACUCAAAGAAAUACGUCUGGGAUUAGACGGUUUUAUGGUUCACGACCUCGGACUUGUCACGCAUAUCAAUAAGCUAUGGAAUGACAAUUGUCCCGCCGAUAACCAGUUGAAAGUCAAACUUGCACCGUUUAAAAAAAGUGCCGCCGAUUUGCUCAAAGUCCCGGUGGGCCAAGUUAGCCUGUCUGCCCUUGAACAUAAUAUCUCUGUGGCAACCCUUUUCAUUGAAGCCUGGUUGAGACAAUCGGGAACAUUCACAUUCCGUGGAGCUGUGGAAGACUCGGCCACAGCUGAGAUAUCUCGCUCGCAAGUUUGGCAGUGGAUUUUCCACCGGGUUCUCCUAGAAGAUGUGGAGGGGACCCGUGUUUCUCGUCAGCUCGUCUUCGAUCUAGUCGACUCGUUUGCUCAACAACUUUCCGCCUCUUUCAACCAAGUAGACAACGAUCGUCUUUUGGUUGCCGUCAAGAUAUUUAAAGAGUUGGUGACUGCCCGAGAUCCACCAAUUUUCAUCACCACUUAUUUAAAUAAUCACUCGUGCUUUUUGAACGCUUGUCGGCAGUCCAAUAACGGCCCUUAAGUGGCGAUUAAAGAAAAUUAUACAUGCAGAUGAGCUUUACGGGACCAUCUGACGCUUUGGUGAUAGGGAAAAGUGCGUACGUCAGACGUAGCCUUGAUUAGUGUUCAACUUACGAGAUGAAGUAGAACGUGGAUUAUUAUGUCGACGUUCUUCACGCUUAACAGUUACAUAUGACUUGAUUGUACCGGCACUUUCUUUCCAGCUGUUUUGCGGUUAGGGCUUCCCCUUUCUCAUCGUUGCCAUAUUAAAAAAAUAUAGUACUAUAUACUCAUGGUUGUGUCGUUAGCAGUUACUAACAUCUUUUUAGUGGGUUUUUCUUUCUUUUUUGUUGUUGUUGGUAAAUACUAUAAUAAUACAUAUACAUUAUAUUAUUGUA